AUGACUGUAGCUCCAGCUCCAAAGAAACUCAAGACAAACAGUGAAGAUGAUGAAAUCUUUAAUAUUAAGGUCAGAGGACGAAGGAACUAUGAACUUCUCUGUACAAUGCGAGAUGCACUGGAAAGACAAAGGUAUCUCACUCCUGAGCAAAUGAGAGCAUACCAGCAUGAAAAAAGUGCCAUAAUGAACAGUCAAAACUCUCAACCAGAGGCAGGGCAAGUGACUCUUUCAACAACAGCUGAUUAUGGGACACAGACAGCUUCAUCUGAACAUUGUGUUAACACAAGGAAUGAGAAUUUAAGUCUCUAUCAUGAUACUUCUAUUCCUGUUGAACAAGAAUAUUUGGUAUCUGAGGGAGGGAUGACUAGCUACUCGAAAGAAAGAUCAGAUGACAUUAUUGCUCCAGACAGUUCCACAACCAUUAAGUCUGAAAAACAAAAAAGCAGCAGUAAUGAUAAAGAUUUGGCUAAAGAUGAAAUGGUUGCAAGGUGGUUAUGGUCCUUAGGCCUGGUAGCGUAUCUAGACAGAUUCACUGAGAGAAACUUACAUACAAUGACACAGUUGCAGCAAUUGACAUAUGAGGAUUUAAAGCAAUUGCAAAUUGGUGAAGCCCAUCAAGAAAAGAUUUGGCAAGCACUGAAGUCAUGGAAACAACGAAUCAGUAGCUCAGAAAGUAGUGACAGACAGAAAACUGACUCAGACAGAUGUGGCAGUUCCUCCACAGGUUUUUCUACUUCUCAGGCUGCCACUAAUACUCAUAAACGAUAUGAAGUGAUGCGUAUCAGACUCAUACAAAGCAUAGCUGUGAAGAAUGAGCACAACUACUUCAGUGGAGCUCCAGCAGACUAA